GCGGGCGGCGGUGACGCCAUCGCGGCGCGCGGCGGGGCGGGGCGGGGCGGGCGGCGCGGCAUGGCGGCGGCGGGUGCUGCGCGGAAGCGGCGGCCCAAGGCGCACUUCGCGGCGGCGGCGCGGGCCAAGCGCGCCCGCGGCGGCGGCGGGCGGCAGCUGGAGGCCGGCAUGCGCGGCAUCCUCAUCACCUGCAACAUGAACGAGCGCAAGUGCGUGGGGGAGGCCUACAGCCUCCUGGGCGAGUACGGGGACCUGCUGUACGGGCCCGAGCAGUUUUCAGACCAAGAGGAGCGGCUGUCUGGGAGCGAAAGGGAAGAGGAGGAGGAGGACGACGACGACGACGUUGAGGCGGCCCUGAAGAAGGAGGUGGACCAGAUCCGCGCCUCCACGGAGCAGAAGCUGCGGCGGUUCCAGUCGGUGGAGAGCGGCGCCAACAACGUCGUCUUCAUCAGGACGCGGGGCAUAGAGCCUGAGAACCUGGUGCACCACAUAUUAAAGGAUAUGCAUACCACUAAAAAGAAGAAAACAAGAGUGAUUCUGCGCAUGUUACCCAUUUCUGGAACUUGCAAAGCUUUUAUGGAGGAUAUGAAAAAAUACACGGAAACGUUUUUUGAGCCUUGGUUUAAAGCCCCUAAUAAGGGUACUUUUCAGAUUGUUUACAAAGCUCGUAAUAACAGUCAUAUGAGUAGGGAAGAAGUAAUUAAGGAAUUGGCAGGAAUUGUGGGCAGCCUCAAUCCAGAAAAUAAAGUGGAUCUUAAUAACCCACAGUAUACUAUUGUGGUGGAAAUAAUAAAAAACGUCUGCUGCUUGAGUGUGGUGAGAGACUAUGUUCUAUUCAGAAAAUACAAUCUACAAGAGGUGGUGAAGAGCAACAAAGAAGAUGCACAGCAAAAGCCAUCAAGUGUGACAGAAGAAACAAACUCAAAGGUAGUAAAACCAGAAGCGGAGGAGGAGAACUCAAAAGAAGUAACACAAGAGAACAAGAAUGAGGGUGAACUAGAAACGAAGCCCAAGGGGAAUGGUAUGCUGACAGCGUAAAAAAAUAUGGUAGAAGGGGAAGAUAAACAGAAAGGAAACCUAUUUUAAAAAAAAAAAAGAAAAGCUGCCCUAGAGUUCUGAAAGGGCUUUUUAAAAAGGAGAAUGGGUUUUCAUUUGAAAACUUUUUUUUUAAAUCCAGAUGUGUAAGAAUUUUAAUGCUCACUAUAUCUGCAGGUGGAGCUGGCAUUAUUGCAGACAUAAGUGCUCAAAAGAGAAAGGUGAAACUUGCUGUCAUUUUUCUACACCUUUGUCCUGCAUUGCCUUUACCAAGCACAAAAAGCACGUGUGUGUGCAUGCAUACAUAAAUGUGGUCAACCUGGUGUACACUGACUCUCCUUUAUUGUAUCUGAUGACUACAGAAAUCAAAAGGCAGUGCAGAAUCAGCCCUAGCAGGAUGCACUGACAGAAGUGAGAGAUCUGGAAAAGACAGUUGCUUGCAGAAGAUUUUUAGGGAAGCGGGUGAUCUGACAGUUUGAGCAACUGCAGAACUUGCAUAUAUUUUUGUAUGUGAACAGAGCAAGAUAAAAUUCCUGAUCCUUCCCUGUAUGAUGAAGGGAUAUAUAUAUAUAUAUAAAAAUAUAUAUAUACACACACAUCUUUCUACAAGGAUAUACUAAGUCUUGAAAGUAUAUGGGAAGAACUGCUAUGAUUAAAAUACUUGAAUAGUGUGAGAGAAUUUACAAUAAUAGAAUUGUGUUCUAGAACAGUGGGAGUACAGUGCAGGCAUUGCAAAGAAUUUUAGCAAAAACUACAUGUGUGUUUAUCUUAGCUGUGUAUGCAGCAGUUACUGGCUCAUAGCAAAUGAUCAAUGUAGUUGCUGAACAGAAUCCUUUCGAGUAAUUUCCUGCAAAGAGCCUUUUGCUGCUCUUUCCAAAGACAGAAUCAAUGGGGGUGGGGGUUGGAAUAGUUUUUUCUGUUUUUUUUUUCUUAGGUCUCAAAACUUGAAUUUAAAUAUUGGUUGGAAAUUUCUUAUGAAGGAAGCUUACUAUUAUACCAUAUUGGAUGGGGUGGGGGCAGGGGUAAUUUUUGGUUAUAGUUUUAGCUUUAUAGUACUAAUUUUGUUUCACACUGGAAAUGAUGUCUGUCAGUGUGUGUUUCCAUUGUCAGCAGCUUUUUGGAUAUCCCGGUGAAUUUAAAAAAACAACCAAAAUAGUGUAGCUAUAAUCUGCUUUCCAAUAGGGUUUGGAGUAUGCUUUCUAUACAACUGUCGAGCUUCAGUAUUUCAUUUCUAGCAUAAAAACCUGUGGGUUGUAAAUGGAAAAAGACUUGUCUUGAAGAACACCAUGUGUUACUUGUCUUGGUUUAAUGAAAAGGAUGUGUUCAAGUCACUCAACAGUGUUUCUUUUAUAAUUUCCUCUUCUCUCAAAAUUGUUUUAGAAGUUGGAAAAUUAAGAGGACUUUUUCCCUACUCCUGCCACUUCCCCUCCAUUUAUUAAAACUCUGCUUUCUUACUUC